CUCGUAACACAGCCGCAAACACAGUCGUGAUAGGAAGUGGUACUUACGCGUUGUCUAAGUUCGGUCUCACCGGCCGAUUCCGCGGCUAGAUUUUAGAACCAGCUCUCGCGCAUAGAAUGUUCUUCCGUUAGCACAAGUGGCUGCAGACGAUCGUGAUCGAUGCGUGUGAGUUUGGUGUCAUUCGUGUCGCGAUUUUGUAGCACCACCUGAAGCAAGUGUGAGAUCGCUGCACUCGUUCGGUGCGGUGGCGUCGAAGCUGCUGUUCCACUGUAGAGAAAGCAUCAGUCGCAUCGGAGAGUGCAAGUAGUGAAUGUUUUGUUAUUUUUAAUGUUGGCCCUGUGCCAGCAGAAGGUUCAUUGUCAUCAACGAGACGGAUGUCGCACGACGUUCGGUUAGCGAUUGACAAGAAAAGCGAAAGCCUCGUCGGUUCGGUGGCCAUCAUCGUGUAGUGGUGCGAAACUUUCGUCAGCGGCAAAUUAAAAAGGAUCACCACGCAGUGCUCUACUGCUGCGGGCGCUUUUGGUGUGGCCGCGAGCAGCUUUUUCCUCGUGCCAUUUCUGCCCGAAACGCUGUCAAACAAGUGGUACAAAUCAUCGUGGCACACCAUAAACAACGCGCGUGGCAGUGCAUGUGACAAGGGGUACCGCAUCCAGUGUUUGGGUCACUCCCGGCCCCGAGUCCGAGAGAGCGAAGAACGGGUUCUGGUGAGAGAGCGUCGUCGGUAACCGGUCGCCACAAUGUUGGGCUUCGUCGAGAUACUAGUGUUUCUCUGUGUCGUUGGAUACUUGUUUAAAAACCAAAGGGCGAACGAUAUGGUUGACGUGAUAUCAAAUCGCAUACAGGAGGCGUACGGGUCCUUCCGAAUACCGAAUGUUUUCAGCUCCGCUACGGACACCGAACGGAAUGGCGUCUUUUCUGCCUUUGCUGCCCCGAAGCGUUACAAAGAUUUGGAACGGGAGCAACGGCAGCUCAACAAGGACAAUGAUCGAACGGUGCGACAGCAACGGCUGUUUCAUAUAAAGGAUACACCGACACCGCACGUACAACCGGAACAGCCGCACAUCCCCGGCCUGGCGUGCCCGUCCUGUUCGCCGAUCGAAAGUCGUCCUCAGCUGGACCAGAGUGACCGGCGGCGUCAUGCGAUCGACAUUCUGCGCGUGACAACGCAUGCCGGUUCCCACUAUGCCACUGCCACCGGGACUGGUGCCUUCGAUUGGGGCGUCUGGUGUCCCCAUCUGGCCCAGGCAACGCGUGUGAAGCGAUUCCCUUACCCGCAGAUGGCCGGUGCCGUUCUGCCGGACGACCGAGUUCUGGAAGCGCUGGAGUUGGCCGCCAAGGAGGCCACGAACGAAAAGCGGGCCCAGUUGGGGCUUGCCGAAGACGACGAAAGCUUCGACGAGGACAGCUACUUCAACGAGAUGCACCACAAACACGAACAGCGAGCGGCAAAGAUUUUGACCGGAAUGCGGUCCAAGAUCUCCAAUAUGGUGCUGCGCAUCACCUCGUGGGUACUGUACAAGCUGCUGCCGUGUUUCAUGUCGGGCGUAGCCGCCCACCCGGCCCAGGUUGAGAUGAUAAAGCGCGCCAUUGAGAAGAAUCCGAAUAUCCCUCUCAUUUUCCUGCCCCUUCACCGAAGCCAUCUCGAUUACAUUAUGGUCAGCUUCAUCCUGCUGAACAACGAUAUCAAAUGUCCACUGGUGGCGGGUGGGGACAACUUGCGGAUACCGGUGUUUGGGAGCAUCCUUCGCUACGACGGGGCGUUCUUUAUCAAACGCAAGAUUGAUCCGUUGACGGGCAAAAAAGAUCACGUGUACCGGGCGGUUCUGCACACUUACCUGCAGAAAUGUUUGACCGCCGGUCACAAUGUCGAGUUUUUCAUCGAAGGAGGUCGAACGAGGACCGGAAAGCCGUGUAUGCCCAAGAGCGGAAUUCUGUCCGUAAUCGUAGACGCGUUCAACGACAAGAGCAUCUCGGACGCUUUGAUAGUGCCAGUUUCUAUCAACUAUGAAAAGCUGGUCGAUGGCAAUUUCGUGCGCGAACAGCUCGGACAAAAGAAGAUACCGGAAAGCUUUGCUUCGGCAGCAAAGGCUAUCGUGAAGGUCCUGAAAGCCCGCUACGGAUUGAUGAGGAUCGACUUUAACGAACCGUUUUCACUCAGCGAGCUGGUAAAAUCGCUGCGCACCUCCGACACGGCACACAACUACUCACCGGAGAUGCGGCGUUUGCAACAUAAACCUUCCACCACGUCGCUUUUCGGUACGGAUGUCGUGCAGGAAGAGCAGGACCAGCGUCAAUUGAUUGACAAUAUUGCGCGCCAUGUAGUGUUCGACAGUGCACGCGCAACAUCGGUCAUGACGACGAACGCGCUCGCCUUCCUGCUGCUGAAUCGUUUCCGCGAUGGAGCACCGCUUUCGAUUUUGGUCGAAGCACUUGAUGAACUCCGCGCCGUGCUAAGUGGAGUCCGUGAUCUCGGGUUCACCGGGACGUCCGAGGACGUGAUACGCUACGCUGCCGACCUGCUUGGGCCCGGCCUCGUAACCCGCGAACUGCGCAACGGACAAACCUUCAUCAAACCGGUCGUCAUGAUACCGAACGUAAUCGAGCUGGCGUACUACUCGAACUGUUUGCUACCUCACUUUGCCCUGGAAUCGAUCGUCGUCACAUGUGCCUGUCUGAUCAAGCGGGACACGGAGCGCAAAAUGGACACCGGCGAAACGACGGUUGGGCGUAGCUCGCUACUGCAAAAGUGUAUGGAGUUUGCUGACCUCCUUAUGUACGAGUUCAUUCUGUGCAAACCGUGUCAGAAGCUUGAAACCGUACUCGAAAACUCGCUGGAAGGGCUGUGUGUUCAGAACAUUUUGUGUCAACCGAAGCAGGAGCUGACCGAGGAACAGCAACAGGCGCAACGGAUGUACCGAAACAUGGAUGGGCUGGACGUGGACGACGAGAUGGACGAUUAUUUCGAUGAUCGGCAAGUGUUCGAAGAAGACACCGAACGCGUACACUUUCCACCGGAGAAGCACUGCGAUCGUAUCGUGCUACAGUCGGUGCUCGCUCCGUUUACACACACCUACGCAGCGGUAGCGUCCACGCUGCACAAACUACUCGUUGUGGAGUCGGAGCCGUCUACUCACUGUGGAUCCAUGAUGGAAUCGGAGUUCAUCCAAUUGUGCAUCAAAGAAAUCAACGCCCGCGUUGAGCAAGGUACCUGCAAGUACGGCGAAAGCAUAUCCACGGACACGGUGCGAAAUUGUCUGAAAGUUUUUGAGAAACGAUCGUACAUCGAGACUACGAACAACAACGGUGUGAGACUGGUUUCGCUGCUACCACCCUUCGACUCGGAGGCAGAGGUGCAGAGUAUAGUGCACCAUGUAGAAUACUUUGUGCCAGUUUAGAAAUGCCAGGAACCCAGCCAGCACACCAAUGCACAAACACAAACAUUGAACCAACAGAACCGAUGUCCGCUGUAGGAGAGCAAACACAGACCAUGGAUGCUGUUUCCGCAGUGCGAAAUGGGUUUGUGUGAUGUUGUUUUUUUAAUCCCGAGAGACUGUUGAUGCUCCUUCAAAUAUCUCGUAAAACCGCGCAUAUGUUGCCCCAUGUGAUCACACGUGGGAAACAAACAAAGCAAGUACCAAACGCAACAGGAGGGCACACAUAAAUUAGAGACCCGCUACUGACGGCCCACUGGGUGGUAACCGGACUCAUGUUUGGCUUUUGUUUUUUUUUACGUAACGUACGAAUUUCCAUCCAAUGAAAAUUGCCAGUGAUUGACUGUUUUCUAUCCCAACGUUAAACGUUUCGUGACCACUAGGUUAUUCUUUGUACAACAUGUAGAUCGAUCGUUUCGCUCCAAGCAGUCGGAACAGAUCACUCGGUGAUCAGAAGCGACAUCUCGGAAGAUGGGCGCCUCCUUAGAGACUGUAAUAUAAUCGAAACCAACUAGGCGUGACCGAUUUGUAUUGUUUUCAAGUUAUCACGCAUCAUAGGUCAAUUAACCAAGUGUUAGAAUUUAUGCGAAACUGGAAAUAUAUGAAAUAAACAGUUCCACAGUGAACACAUAUC